CCGAGAAGCAUCACCGCGAAUACCUUAGGACUUGUCUAAGCGGCUUCCGUCGGCUGAAGAUUUAAGCACGGUCAGCGUUCUGAGGGAAGUGAAAGCAAUUUUUUUUUUCGGUGAAGAAAAUUUUGAAAUAAGUGUGAUUUUUAGAUUUAUCUAACAAUAAAAGUGCAAUAUUAAUUAAUAUUUGUGAAGAGUGAAUAAAUUAAACCACAACAAACCGCACUGUGAAAAAGUGAUUGAUUGGUGAGCGCCGUUGUAUCACGUGCUUUUCGCGAAAAACCGGGCGUGAAAAACGAAUUUCAAACGCUAUUCAGGGUAGAAGGUGGCAAUCAAAACAAAGCUGUACCUAGUGCUUUACAGUAGGAAGUGUUUUUAGUGUUCUGUGGCUUACGUUGCGGCUUUCGUAGCCUCCAGCUGUGUUUGGUCAGUGACGGUGUAGCAGCAUUAGCAGCAGCAGCAGCAGCCAAGCGGUUGAUCAGCAAUGCCUGAAACAAAGUUUCCCAUUGAGAUCAAACCCGACCGGAGAGUUGUUCACCAAUAUUUGGCGGCGGUUUGCGUAAACAUAAUCUCCCUCGCGCAAGGUACGGCAAUCGGAUGGCUGUCGCCGUUUCUGCCGCUGCUCAUCUCGACCGACUCGCCGCUCACUAGUGGGCCGGUAACGGACAUACAGGCCACCUGGAUUGCAUCGUUGCUGUGUGUGGGAGCCAUUUUCGGAACCGUUCUGUUCGGUUGGUCUGCCGACAAGUUCGGCCGAAAGUUUUCCCUCUGCAUCGCUGCUCUGCCCUUGGUCGGCUUCUGGGCAUGCAUCGCCUUCGGAGGUCACGUCGAAAUCCUCUAUCUUGGCCGGGUACUUGCGGGUCUGGGUGCUGCCGGAGUUUUCUUGCUCGUUCCGCUGUAUGUUACUGAAAUUUCGGAGGACAGGAUACGAGGAAGCCUCGGAGCGUUCUUCAUCCUAUUCAUCAACAUGGGAACGUUGGUGUCUUUCGUCGUGGGAACAUAUCUGUCAUACCACAUCACUUCGUAUAUUCUGAUAUUUCUUCCAAUCCUGUUUUUGCUGUGUUUCAUGCAAUUUCCGGAGACACCUCAGCACUUGAUUCGUUGCAAUAAAAUUGAAGCUGCCGAAAACUCUUUAAAGUACUUGCGAGGUUAUACGUCAUCAGCGGAACACGAAAGUAUGCUGAAGGAAGAGAUGAACAAACUGAUGAGUCAAAUAGCAAUCCGGGGAAAGGAUUCCAACAACGAAUCAUCCAUUAAGUGGGCGGACUUUGCUCCAUUUUCCACCAAGAAAGCAAUCAUCAUCGGAAUGGUUUUGGUCACCUUGAACCAAUUUUCCGGGUGCUUUGCUCUCAUCAACUACACGGCGCAAAUCUUCGCGGAUGCCGGUUCGGAACUGGAUCCCAAUGUUGCUGCCAUCAUAGUCGGUGCCAUCCAGAUUGCGGGAUCCUACGCAUCCACCCUGGUGGUGGAUCGCUGCCGAAGAAAGGUUCUGUACAUUAUCACUGCGUUCGGUUCGGCUAUUGGUCUGUCGGCCAUGGGAGUACAUGCCUAUCUGAAAGUGAUCGGAUUCGACGUCAGCGUGAUCAGCUGGGUACCUGUGGCUAGCCUAUCGUUUGUGAUAUUUAUCGCCUCGGUAGGAAUGCUGCCGCUGACUUUUGUGAUAUUGUCCGAAAUCCUGCCACACAAGCUUCGAAGUUUCGGUGGCUCGAUGUGCACCACCUUCUUGUGGGUGGUCAGUUUCAUCGUGGUUAAAUAUUUCCCAGUGCUGGUAGAGGUCCUUGGAAUGCACGGUUGUAUGUGGACCUUCGCCGGCUGCUGCGCCUUUGGAGUUUUCUUCAAUGCGUUCUUCAUUCCGGAAACUCGAGGCAAAAGCAUUGACGAGAUUACACUAGCGAUGGGAAAUAAAAGUAAAAACUAAUCAGUUACGUUCGAAGAAGAUUAGGUGCCGACAGAUGUGCCAUUUAUUUCAUGGAUAGGAUUUUAUAGGCGUUCUUGUUGUACACACUCCCUGAAAACGGCUUUAAAUUGAAUGAUUAGUCAUAAAACGUUUAGUAAACGUAAACAGUUUUAUCUGUAAAGUUCUGUAAAUAUAACUGUAGAAAUGAAUUUAUCGCUGAGUUGAGGGUAGAUAGUAUGACUCACAAGCAGAGGUAUCCAAUCGAAGCAAAUAGCGCUAAUGGUUUAAUUCUUUAUCAAAUAAGCACUUGCGAGCCUGCUCGAUAAAAAAGAAAAUGUGUGAUUUGUCUCAUUAGUACUAGUUAGAGUCUAACUUAUUAAUUUAUACCACGAAUAGUGACGAGGCCAAAUUACAUAGUUCCUGUUUUAUAAUAAAACAUUACUCAUUGAUCUAAAUUAUUAAUAACCGCAGCUGAAUGAUGGAAGAAAAAGAAUCCUUUCUAAUAAAAAUACAUUCCAACUACUGGUGGUUUUUCAUGCAAUAA